CCCCAAUUCAUACAGCGAAAAGUCCCUAGAAUCUACUUGUCAUCGCCGUCAAUUUGCAAAUGGCAGAUGCAAUGGCCGCUAGCAGUGGCGGAGUCGAUUGGUCCGCGAUACUGAAACCACUCUUGUCGCCGAACCGCGACACUUUCAACAGGACAGAUUUGAUCGAAUUAUGUUCGGCGUUAGUGAAAAGCGAAUCGGAAAUUUUUCGCAACAAAGAGACAAAUAGGAAUUUUUAUAAUUCAUUUGCGUGUCUCGCUUCGAACUAUAUUGGCAGCAACAGUAAAAACCUAACAGCCAGCCAAUUGGAAACAGUCAGUGCUGGAAGUCAAGUACUUCUAAGGUAUCUUUUGAAUACAUUGCAACUGUGUGCUAGUGACACUCAACAGAACUGUGCCCAAAUUGAACGAAUUAUAAAUGCAGUGCAAGUGCUUUGUGUAGGGACUGGCCCACUGUCUAGAUCAGAAGUUAUUCUCCUGCUAGACAUCAUGAAAGGGGAGAAUCCACCGCAACACCCCAAUUUGACACCCACAGGAAAUGAAAAAGAUGCUAGCAAUAAGCAGGAAAGUUCCAAAACCAGAUCAGAUUUAUCUGUCAGCAUAUUUGAACAUCUGACAUUACCCCUACGUGAUGGACAUGUCAGUAGUGAUCAGGGUGGUAUCAGCGCUCCUGUUACAUCAGAGGCUGGACCAAGUAAUGAUCCUACAUCAGAAAUCAAUAAAUUAUUUUUGAAGACUAAUUCAGAGAGCUUGCAAGCACUGAGGGCAGGUGAUACACUUGUUGAUCUGUGCUUGAGCUUACCAUCAAUUAAAAGAGCUAAAACCAAAGUAGAAGAGGCAUUGGCAGGAAAACCCUUCAGUAUUCCAACAAACCACUCAGAGGCCACAGCUCUGAGAAAUGGGUUGUCGUCAAAUUUGACCGAGAUAAAGCUGGCGAUGUCCGCGCUCACCUUGCCAGUUCUUGAGCCGCUCACCACCAGCAAAUUGGAUAAGUUAUGUAAUCUAACGAUGGCGGUCCUUCAGUGUGCUGUGGCUCAGGCGACUGCCAGUGCUGUUUUGGCAGCUGUCGCUCAAGUAUCGCCUAAAAGUGCGGUUCAGCAACAGCAGCAGCAGUCCCAACAAGCCCAAGCCACUGUUGGCCUGAAAGAAGACGAUCUUGACAUAAACGCAGUGGCGCUAGUAGAGGAGGCACUUAAUAUGUAUGCGUACGUCGGCAAUGCAAUCAAAUCCUCAACACGAGCUGGUGGUCACAUAUAUCAAAACUAUAUAUUGGCCGGCGCAUGGGUUUUGGUAAGUGGUCUCCAAGCCCAUCUGACGGCCAGCACUUCAUCCUCUUCGACUACAUCUUCGUCGUCUUCAUCGUCUCUAGAUAAAAGUCGUGAGGAUAAAGGACGUAGUCCAUGCAAAGGCGCGACUAGUGGUUCCUCUUCAGUAACAAUCUCGCAAACACCACGCUCUUCGGGUCUCCAAAAGUUUCAACAAUCUUUCGGUGUACUGUCGGUGGCGUUGGCCACUCGUGCCCUUUCACUACUUAGUGAUCUUUUCGAUGAUUUACAUCUGGAGGCCUGCUGUGGUACCACCGCCUCAUCAGCACAGGUGCAGGUUGAGCCGGCACCUCUGUCUGUUAUGGGACAGUUCACAGCGCUACAGCGAGUGGCGCGUAUUUUAGGUGCCGCACCUCUCAACCAACUCCUGUUUUAUUUGGCAAUUGUGGGAUAUAGAAAAGCAUGUACACUUAAAAGAUUACAUCCUCCUGAAGGUGAUAACUUUAGUCAAUCUGACUCGACCACAUAUUAUGAAGACAUGAUUAUUUGUUCAGAUGAUAGCUCCACAGACGAUGAUGACAGUGAACCAAUCCUGGGUCAGUGGUUUGAAGAGACGAUAGCUCCGCCUGAUCCUGGGGAUUCAAAGAGUCCCUCAACGUCAGAUAAUGUUGACUCAAAGCGAGUUACAGAAGGUUGUGCUGCAAUGUCAGGUGGUGAACAUAAUUCAUCUGGAAAUUCUAUUGUUCCUCAAAAGGGUGAAGCUCAUGGAUAUAUCGCCUUAGCUACGAAUAUAUUCCAAUUCCUGGACCGACAUCUGCUAUGUUCUCGCAGUGCGUAUGUGGCUCGCUACGUAAAGAACGGUUUAACCGAGCAGCAAAUGAUUAUUUUGGCUGCUAUAAUUCGAGAUUUAGACAAAGAGACCUCCCGUACAGAAGUAGGCACCAUAUCCGUGUAUUUUGGAGCUGUCCUCGGCCAAUUGUACUGCGAAUUCUCCGGUGCACUUUCCCGCUUCACUCAUAACUUGAUUACAAACAGCAACUUGAAUGGGCUACAGGCGUGUUUGCUUAACCAUCUAGGUGUAUCACCGUGGACGUCGGAUGUACAACACGGUUGGCCACUUCAAGUCUAUCCCAGGACUUUGGCAGUUUUGGCUCAAGUGCUAUUGUUGCGUCCACAGAACGAGAAAGAAGCGUCUGUCAUCAGCAUUUGGCAUAAAUUCGUUAAUACUCUUAUAGAGAAUGUUCUUAAUUGCCCACCAAAUGUGCCUGAUGCCGAGGCUGAAGAUUUGAACGUGGAGCAUGCCCAGGUGUUGUUGUAUCUCUUCCAUUCACUGAACCUCAUGCAGAAAAAGUCUGUGGUAUUAUUAAUGGCGGGAGGCGUCUUGCGUUGUUCCGAAGUGGUUUGGUGUCCCAUGCGUGACUCACAACUACUCCAUUUGUCUCGACUUUUGUUGCUUUUCGACUACAUAAUGAAACAUCUAUACGACGCGCCGACCUCACUUCUCGAACAAAUCCAUUGGAACUUAUUCUAUGCUACUAAUUUGCAUGCACCAGCCGCCGACAAAGACAAGGAGAACAAUAUGACUAGAAUGUUCACCGCGUGGCAGGACAUCGAAGAUAACUACCGUAAAAUCGCUGCCACAGACGAUACCGCCAUGAAACCGAGAUUUUACGUUCUCACCAACGUCGAGAUGAGUAAUCAGGAGGUACCUAAAUUAGAUGGUUUAGCAUGCAACUUUGUACUUGGCACUCCCGAUAAGCUUCGUUAUCCACUUCUACUGGAUGCGCUUGUAAAGAUACUUAACGUAACUUAUAUUCGUGCAACGGGCUCACAAAUGUCCAAAAUGACAUUUUUAGGUUUGUGUGCUACACAGUAUUGCUUCACUAUUUGCUGGAGACUUUUGCAGUUGUUACCUCCAUCUGUGUCCUAUCUUGAACGGUUGGCAGCCAAUGAAAGCCUUUCACCAUGUCCUCUUCUACUUCAUUCACUUAUAUGGGGUCCACGUGCAUCAAACAAGCAUUUCAGUCGUUGGCUCAAAGAUUGUUUGGGAAAACAAGGAAUGUACACACAACUCACUGAAAAACUUCUGAAAUCGGUGUCUGAUGUUGUAAACAAUGCGAAGUACGACAUCGCCAACGCUAAGAAGUGUAUUGUCGCCCUUACACCCGAUUUGAAAAAAGGAAUUGUGUCUAAGGAAGAUUUACCACCUCUUUGGAAUCUUAUAUUGCUGGACAGCUUGUUAGCUAAGGUGCAAGUGUCACUAGAUGAGCUGCAGCAAUCUGAAAGUGGCGGUGUCAACUCAGCGACCGAAUCUACCACACCGACGAUUUCAUAUUCGACUGAAGCUGCUGCUCUUGUUCAGGAUCUGUUACCGUAUAUCUUGCGGCUCACCCAGGCCAUACUACAAUGUACUAGGUGGUCCUUGGUUCAUACAGUGGUGGAACAAAGUGAGGCAGCGACUAAGCUAAAUCUUCACGAGUUUGAGGGUUUGCAAGAUAUGUUGUCGAUUGCAUCAAACAAAAACAUGCUUACCAACAGUCUUGCUUCUGAACUAACAGGACUCUUACCAUCUGGAGUUGCAUCUGUACAACAGCAGUGGAAUAACUCAGUUUUGGACGAUAUCUCAUUGAGUGCAUAUCGAAACGAUGUCAUCCCGUCGGAGGGUUUUAUUUUGAAAAUAGUCGACACUCACGUGUCAAGUUUAUCAAUGAGUUGCCCAUUCAACAUAAAUUUGUCCCUGAAACGAUUACUGCAAUGUUUGGUAAAAUUUAUUUGUGAUCAUGCACCAAAAAUCGAAAACACUGAUACGAAAAACAAAGCUAUCGAAAUGCUAGUCUCGAUUACACUCGACCUGAGAACGGAGUACCUGUAUGAGACGGCGUCCAAGACGCUUGACAAAAUGAUUGGAGACAUAGAGACGGAUGAACAUCAAAAGCGUGUGUAUCUUACAGUUCUUGAUCACACCUACAGACUAAUUAUCAACUGUACAUCACCGAACAACGCAAACUACAGCGUUAAUGUAGAUGAAAAGGUCCUUUACAAUUGUCUGCAGUUCUACGAGAAAAUAAUUGAAAAAUCCUCGGGACGUCAGGCUUUGGAAGCAUUUUUCACGGGUGCUGAUCGGGACCUGGUUAAAGUAUUGAUGUCAGUAUCAAGUCCGCAGGUUUCGCAACAGUAUAGCACUCGGGUGCUCCAUCUGUUUAAUAAACUCUUUCAGGCAGCAGAUAAGAGCUCUACCGAUCCGAGUCUCAAUUAUUUGUGUUCCAGUAUUAGUAAGCUAGCUAACGUUGAACCUGAAAAGUUACAAACGUGGCUACAACAUAUUAUUAUUGGUUCAUCCCAGGGUGAAUGCUCUGACAACAAGUUAAUGAACACAAGUGCAUCUGGUAUUUCCUCCACCAGCGGCAAAUGGACCGUUACACAACAGGGCAACGAUGAAAAUGAUGAAGCCAAUCAGUCAACGGCCAUAAUAACAGUGACGCCGGCCCGACCCACCAGCACCACUAACGAAGACCAGAAGUCACUUGUUCAAGAGAACAGCCAGUUGCUCCAGGCCCUCACUUCGUUCAUCGUAAAACAGAACAGCAACGUGUCGGAAGAAGUUGCCGUGACCAUUUUAAAGGCAUUGAUUCCUUUGGGUUUGUACAUUUUAUCACCGGAAUUAGAAGGGGCUGGAUUCACUGAUCUCAUGGUGGUUAUGACGAUGCUGGCCGAUGCAGGUACAGGAAAAGGCCAUACCUUGCUUUUUCCAGCGACUGCAGAAUGGAUUGAGAUCUGCAACGAUCAUCCGUCUACAAGAGAAGCACUCGAGAAGGCAACUGCUGCAGCUGCUGAAAGCGGCGACUGUGCCUUUCUUAACAAGAAUGCUUUGUUGGAAGCAUCUUGCUGUAUUCUAGACUAUGUGAGUGAUGUGGUGGCUUCUGUUACAUCCUUACAGACACCAACUGCUAGUGCGCACCAAACUUCGUCUGGCAGUUUUAGAGCACUUAGCCCACCGUGGGAAAGCGAAAUGCCUCUCGACGCUGAAACCGAAUGGACCGAGGAUGCGAAUAAUGAGGAAGAGGACAGUGGAGACGACUCGGAUGAGGAUUCGUUGUGUAACAAGUUAUGCACGUUUACAGUCACUCAGAAGGAAUUCAUGAAUCAGCACUGGUAUCAUUGCCACACAUGUAAAAUGUUGGACGGCGUUGGUGUGUGCUCCAUUUGUGCACGCGUCUGUCACAAAGGUCACGAUCUUAGUUAUGCUAAAUUUGGAAACUUCUUCUGCGAUUGUGGUGCUAAGGAGGACGGGUCAUGUCAGGCACUAGUUAAACGUAGUCCCCAACAGAACGUCGGAAACGAUAACGCAUCUGGCUCGAACAUUGUCGCCGGUUUGGCAUCAUCUUCAGUAACCUCCGCAUUCCCUGGAAGUACCGAUCAUCAACAACACAUGCUGACGUCCUCGUUACGCAGACGUACGUCUUCACCAACAUUCAUCGAUAGAGUGGCGUAUUAUGGAACAGCAGCCGCAGCGUCAGCUCAUCACCAACGCCAUCACCGUCACGCAAAGCAAUUAGAUGGUGCUCGAGAAUUUCUCCAGCAUUAUUUGAAUAAGAGCGGUGUGACGGGUGCGUUGGUGAGGUUGGCCGACACUUUAAUGGGCACCGUGGAAGCGACAUGCGGUCAAAACUCCGCGGUCGGUUGCCAUCAGAGGGCAGUGCGCGCUCUGCAACGUCUACAUGCUGCAGACCACGAUAAAAAGCGCAUACACACCGAUCAACUUAUGGUGCCCACACUAGGUUCACAAGAAGGUGCUUUUGAGAAUGUACGUAUGAGCUACGCCGGCGAACAAGGCCAGACAAUUCGACAGCUCCUCUCCGCGCAUAUAGUGCGUCGCGUCGCCAUGUGCUGUAUGACGUCGACUCAGGGCGGUCGACGACAGCACUUGGCCGUCUCGCACGAAAAGGGCAAGAUCACGGUGCUACAGUUGUCCGCACUUCUCAAGCAAGCCGACUCGUCCACCCGUAAGCUAACAUUGACUCGGCUGGCUUCCGCCCCGAUACCAUUCACCGUCGUAUCGCUUUCCGCAAACCUCUGCAAUGAAGACUUUUUGGCUGUGUGUGGACUCAAAGAUUGCCAUGUACUCACCUUUACAUCUACUGGUGCCGUUUCGGACCAUCUAGUCUUGCAUCCACAGUUAGAGACUGGUAACUUUAUUAUUAAGGCCAUAUGGCUCCCCGGAUCUCAGACAAAAUUGGCUUUAGUGACAGCGGAUUUCGUCAAGAUUUACGACUUAUCUCAGGAUGCUCUUAGCCCACAGUAUUAUUUCUUGGUACCAAGUGGUAAAAUUCGAGACUGUACCUUCAUGUACAAUAGCGGGACAUACCAUAUUUUAUUAAUGUCUUCCCCUGGGCAUAUCUACACGGAAUUACUCAAUGAGGACAGCUCGGCCAAACAUGGUUCCUUCUAUGUUACUAACACGCUUGAUGUGUUCAACUUAGAUCUUGUGGACGUGAAUGGACAGGUUGCUGGAGGCGGCGUCAGCAUAUACUAUUCGCACACUCUAGGGUUGUUGUUUUACAGCUAUUCUCAAGGUAAAAGCUUUAUUUCGCCAAUUAAUCCCAACAGUACUUCACUUACUGUGGUAUAUCCCAUCACGCUCCCUGCAUCAAGUAAUACGAAUAGCACCACUGGAAGCAGUGGUAGCACGUCUUCUAAAAACAACGGAUCGCGUAAUCCACCGUCACCACAACCUCUUUGUCAGUGGACUGAGAUUCCCAACCAUCCCGGAUUGGUGUGCUGCGCCAUGCAAUCGACGAACAAUCCCGUUGUGCUCAUGCUGAAGCCGGAUGCCUUAUACAUCCAAGAGAUACGGGUGGUACCUUCCAAAGCCAAAAUCAUGGACAUGGUAGCCAUAAGACACAACUCGGGAAGCGAGUUACGAACCACGCUCAUCCUAUUAUGCGAAGACGGCAGUCUUAAGAUGUUCAUGGCCAGCAUGGAACACACCGGCUUCUGGAUGUCGGCUAACAUUCAACCGUCGUUGGCUGCCGCUACAAGCGCCGCUGGGCAACGACCCAAAAAGAAAAAGACUCUUAAGGCGGGUGGUGGCGGAGGAAAGACAUCGAACGCGGUAACCUUUCCCGUAGACUUUUUCGAACAUUGUACCGCGAUGAAUGAUGUAGAAAUAGGUGGUAAUGACUUGCUUCAAGUGUACAAUAUGGCACAACUGAAGCACCGACUCAACACCACGGGUUUGUACGUGGCUUGUAACCGUCCGUUAGGUUUCACCGUAGAGAUCACAAAUAACGAAUCGACCAUGGUUAUGACAGGCGUGCGUGUGUUAGUUGGUUCGCAGGAUGUCCAACGUGUUCCCUCAUUCGUCGAGGUGUUCGGACGCAUUGUGUCAAUGUCGGUGACUCGCAGUCGCUGGUAUGAUAUCCCGUUUUCGCGUGAGGAAAGUCUUCAAGCUGAUAAAAAACUCACCAUACUGUUUGGGCCCUCCCAAGAUCCUGAAACUAUCACUAUGGUUGACAGUAUAAAGGUGUAUGGUAAAACCAAAGAUGCAUUUGGAUGGCCAGAGGAAAAUGAAGAAGCUGUGACUUCUGCAAAUUCGACAUGUGCUCAGGUGGUAAAUGCACCCAGCACUAAUGAUACUGAACAACAAAAUGCGGGUGUUGCCCCUCUUUCUAAACUCGAACGUCUCACCGUCGGUAUCUUGGAAUCCCUCGAAGGAUCGUUUUCUCUACCGUCAGUACCCGAAGAGAAGCUUAACGUGUACCGACCACGUACUCUCAACAUAGCCACACGCCUCUUGACGUUGCCAACCCCUCCCACCGUUCAAAUUCAUGCAAAGGCGUUAUUAUCGUCACUUCACACAUCCAAACAAGCCUAUCAUGUGUAUAAGGAUCAGGCAUUAUUACAACACGUUCUGAGCAGUUUGACAGCAAUGGUAACAGGGUCUCAAACGAACUUGUCCAACGACGAUCCUCAACCCAGGCAUGACAUUGAUGCUGAAAGCUAUUAUCGACUGGUGCUUAUUGUGCGUGGCAUUGCCGUGGCUAGACCACAAAACUUAGUAAAAUUUGCUGACGCCCAUACAUCAAUACAAGAUGUGGUGAUUGAUGAUCCACUGGAACCACCUACAACAAAAGAACCACGCACUAACAACCACCUGCUGUUGUUAUUGAUGGAUGUACUAUGGACGUUGCAUUCUCAAAAUCCUGAGAACCCGGCUUUGGCUCCAGUAGUUGUGCCAGGCCUCAAACAUGCUGAGCAAGUCGUUCAUGCUCUCGUGGAAAUCGUGCAUGCCUUUAACAGCUGCGAUACAUACAGCAAUGUAACAAUAGGCGUGUAUUUACAACUAUUGUUGUGCAGCGAUCCUGUCAUCGCAUUCAGUGCGAAGCAGGCAUUGUGUAAAGUGCUGAAACCGAGGGCACGCCGGAAGCGUGUUUUCAUACCGACCCCGCCUCCACCACACUGCUUUUCGCCAUCUACUUCCAAAGGUGAAGCGACCACCGACGAUGGCAAAACGACAUCAGCCGUUUCACACUCGAGCCAAGAGGAUGAUAAUAAUCAUCACAACCACCAACAACAGGCGCAAGGCAGUCGUGGAACAAAUCAGUAUGCUGUGGACGUUGAAGCAGUAGAGCCAAUCGCUCUCCUUCAGCAACAUCAUCCGCAUCAGCAACAACAUAUUAACCCACUGGAGGCACUCUUAGGCGGUGGCGUAGGAUUUCCGCCUCUCCUUGAUAUCCCACCAGACGCUGACGACGAAACCAUGGUAGAAUUAGCCAUCGCCUUAAGUCUCCAGGAGCACGAAAUCGGCGGUGAGCAAGGUCUUCAAGUUCAAGUGAUGGGCAACGAAGGAUUAGGUGGUGCACACCAGAUUCAACAUGCUCAAGAAGCCGGCCAUCUCAGUGACACCACAGCUUCCGCAGCUGGUUCGGACGAUGAGGGAUCUACUGCAGCAACGGACGGGUCUACAUUGAGAACGUCCCCAGCUGAACAAGGGGGCAGUGCUGCCGGCUCAGAAAGCGGCGGAAGUGGGGUUGAAAGCAUUGCUGGCGAACACAACGUAUCAGGUCGCAGUUCCACCUACGGCGACAACAUUCAAGAGACGAUUACGAUGGUGUCCCGCUCUGACACUAGCUCCCUAACCAACGCUAAUUGCGGUGCCACUGAAGUAGACCAGAUUCACCAACAGGACGAUUCGGAUGUCACCGCUGAAUCUGAAAACAGCGGCAGAUUGCACAUGCUUAGACUUCAGUUGUUGGAUCGAUUGAUUCGAUAUCUUCCGAAACUUCGCAAAGUCAACGGCGUCAGGGCUAUACCGUUUUUGCAGGUGGUGCUUCAGCUCACUGCAGAUUUGGACGGUCAUUCUGAGCGUGAUUGCAUGUCUUUAAACACUCUUUUGGGAGCAAUCGUUUUCGAAUUGCAAAUUUCUAAACCCAACUUGGAGGAUGUUUGUACACGUACUCAGCAUCGCGAAGUUCAGUUAAUUUUGAUGCGGUUGCUCAGUGUAUUCAUGUCGAGAUGUAAGACAUCUUCGUCAACGGCUUCGUCUGUGGGUGGAGCCUCAAGCAAACCUAGUACUUCUACAGCUAUACCAACGUCAUCUUCUAAUACUGACAAUUGCACAUUCGUGUGUCGCACUACUGCAACGUUCUUACAACGCGUUGAUAUCAUAGGCUAUUGUAAUAGGCUGCUACAGGCCUUAUUAGAAUACUGGAAAAAUGAUGCUAGUUCCAAUGAUGAUAUUGGCGGCUCUACUGUCGGUGGUAAUCUCCUUAAAGAGCACCUACCGCAUCCACCACCCGAUAUGACUCCUUUCUUUUUACGCCAGUUUGUUAAAGAACAUGCUAUUGAUGUUUUUGCCACCUAUCCGCAACUUCUUACCGAAAUGGCACUGCGAUUGCCCUAUCAGGCUCACAAAAAUUCCGAAAUAUCUGAACCAGUAAAUGUGGCUUUCGAUUCCUCUUGGUAUCGUUACCUGUGCGAAUACAUGAUGACCACUCAAACACCAUUUCUACGACGCCAAGUGCGCAAGUUACUGCUUUUCAUUUGCGGCAACAAGGAGAAAUAUCGACAACUUCGAGACUUGCACGCUCUCGAUGCGCACGUAAAGGGUGCGGAUCAGUGUUGUGCACGUGGUGGCUACCGCAAGGACGUGGAGGCUCAGCAUGCACUCUCGUUACCUUACGACUCGCUGGUCGAACUUGUCGAACACCUUAAGGCGUGUCUGGAGAUAGCGACCAUGCGUACGGGUAAUUGGCAGCGUUUCUGUGUCCAUCAUGACCACGUUAUUCCGUUCCUGCUGCGUGUUAGCUGUUUGUUAGACGAAGGAGUGGCGCCAACCAUUUUGGGUUUAUUGCAGUGUGCCAUCGUGCAUGGUACCCCGUCUGGUGCUGGCCUAUCAUCGGUGCCCAAGAGACCAACAACGUCCGAUAACAAACAGUCCACAGUCUCCCGCAAAGAAAGAGAAAAAUCGGAUGACUCUGCUGCCGAAGCACUGUUUGAAGAAUCUAGUUGCGUCGCUUUGGUAGAACAGAUUAACAAACAGGUGUCUAGAGAAAUUUUUGCACGAUUUGUCAAAACUUACAUGUUAGAAACAAAUACGACCAGUGUUCGAUGGCAAGCCCAUGCCCUCGUACUAGCCGUGUACAAGAAUUCGAAACCAGCCGAACAAGAUUCGUUAUUGCAGCUUCUCUGGCAAUUAUGGCCCCUGCUGCCUGCUUACGGCCGCAAAGCUGCUCAAUUCGUUGACUUAUUGGGAUACUUUUCGCUGAAGUAUUCACAGAUCAAUGAGGGUUCAGAACAAGUGUCCGAUUACGUAGACAAGGCAGUUAAUGUGCUACGCAUUCAAAAUGAACUGUUGGCCCAUCAUCCUAAUGCCAACUUGUACGCCCACAUGGGCCAAUUCGUUGAUCUGGACGGUUACUACUUGGAAUCUGAGCCAUGUCUAGUGUGCAACAAUCCAGAAGUGCCUUUCUCCACCAUCAAAUUGGGUUCAAUCAAGGUAGAUUCAAAGUUCACCACCACGACCACCAUCGUUAAACUGCUUAGUAGCCACACAAUCAGCCGCAUAACCGUGCGCAUUGGAGAUCUAAAGCGCACUAAGAUGGUACGAACAAUCAACAUCUACUAUAACAAUCGCACGGUGCAAGCGGUGGUUGAACUUAAAAACAAACCGGCGCUUUGGCACAAAGCUAAGAAAGUGACUCUACAGUCGGGCCAAGCCGAAGUCAAGAUCGAGUUUCCCUUGCCAAUAGUCGCCUGCAAUCUUAUGAUAGAAUACGCAGAUUUCUAUGAAAACUUCCAAGCUUCCAGUGAGACUCUUCAAUGUCCCAGAUGUAGCGCCUCCGUGCCCGCCAAUCCAGGCGUGUGCGCUAAUUGCGGUGAAAACGUGUUCCAAUGUCACAAAUGUCGCGCCAUCAACUACGACGAGAAGGACCCAUUCUUAUGUCAUGCUUGUGGUUUCUGCAAGUAUGCCAAAUUCGACUUUGUCCUGUUGGCUAGACCAUGUUGUGCUGUUGAGCCCAUUGAAUCAGACGAAGAUCGCAAGAAAACGGUGUCUAGUAUUAAUACAUUGUUAGAGAAGGCGGAUCGCGUUUAUAAGCAGCUCAUAGCAAACAAGCCGACCCUGGAAUCUUUAUUACUUAAAAUAUCAGAACACCGCUCCGAUGGCAGUCGAAGGUUGGAUGAAGUUUCAACCUCUGGAACUGCGGGAAGUGGCACCGGCUCCAAUGCUUCCUCCCAACCGGCGAGUGCGGUAACAGCUGCUGCCUCGGUUAGCAAUCAAUUGAAGGUUAACAAGACUAUCCAAAUGCUGGCUCAACAAUACUGCAACGAUUGCAAGACGUCCUUUGAAGAAUUGAGUAAAAUUAUUCAGAAGGUACUGGUAUCUCGAAAAGAAUUAGUUGCUUACGAUCGUAAACACCGCGACAUUGACAUGCCAGUGAGCGCGCCACUACUCAAAUUGCAUCAACAACAACAAUCCGAGGCAAAGGACGAGUCGAAUACAGAUGUUGUAUGCGUCAACAAUCGAUGUUACGGAUGUUCGUCAGCGGCAACAGAACACUGUCUUACACUGCUGCGAGCAUUAGCCACCAAUGCCAAAACUAGACAAAUAUUAUGUCAGCGAGGUCUUGUCCAAGAAUUGGUGUGGAAUAAUCUACGUAAGGGUAGCGUUCAAAUACAAGAAGAGGUUCGUCAGUUAUUGUGCGUGUUGACUCGAGAUAAUCCUAUGUCCACAGAAGAAUUGUGUAGUUUACUGAUGGAACGGAUUCGUCCAAGUCUUUCAGGUCAUGCACCGAGUGUUGUGGACUUAGGCACAGGAGUGCGUCAUGAAAUAGCACUUUUGGCCGCAAUGGUGCAAAAAGAAGACGACUGCUGGGAACUGAAGUUACGUUGUAUGAUGGGAUUGUUCUUAAAAGCAUGCGAUGAGUCACGUAAUCCGCUAAUAAUGGAAUCCAUUAUUUUACCUUGCUUGAAGAUUUUGCAAACUCUUAUGCGCCCUCCUGAAGCAAAUAACAUUAAGAAAUCAGUCAAGGAAAAGACGAACGGGGCUUCAUCGGCGGCAUCAACAUCUUCGGCUGCUGCCACAUCAAGACUCAAUAUUGUAUCCGGAGUCACAGUCGAUGUUAACAAAUGGUUGGCGAAAGAACCAGAUCACACCUUUGCUGGAUGGAAGGCUAGGAUCUUGAAUAAGAUUGAAGGUGGUAUGUCACUGCCCAACGCAAAAGAUGAGAUAAGAAAGUAUUACCUGAUGGAAAAGUAUAGUAGACGAUGGAGGAAAAACAUAAAAAGAUAUAUUUGUCAACGACUGGAAUUGGACAAUUGUGCGUGGAUAAAGUCCGUACUGUUCAAUCCUAGUUCCAGACUUGCUAGGCAAGUUGCAUGUAACAUCGUCGAAUGCUUAUGUAAUACGCCAGAACGGAAAAAGGAGAUCCUUGUUUUACUGACAUACUUCCUGGAAGAAUUGGGCGCUGCAGGAGAAAGUUCUGCAGAGUUCCUAGGCCUCUAUCAAAAUCUGAUCCAGGACUCACCGUGGAAGCAGUAUCUGGCGCUGCAAGGCGUACUUAACAUCUUGGCCCGUUUAGUCACUAAAGAAAUUCAGGAAUUGCACCGACUCGAGGAGAGUACCCUUACUUCAGAUCUAGCUCAAGGUUACGCGCUCUAUCAAUUGACGGAGUUGCUAGCAUCGUUCCUGGACGACACUGCGAUCCGCAGACAAUAUAAGGGACGGUUGGUGGGCGCCGUCCUUAAUGGAUAUUUGGCAUUACGACGGCUUGUGGUUCAGCGCACUCGCCUCAUCGACGAUACGCAAGAGAAGUUACUUGAAUUGCUGGAAGAAAUGACGACUGGUACCGAAGAAGAAACCAGGGCGUUCAUGGCUGUAUGCAUUGAAACUGUAAAUGGCUGCGGGCCUCAGGAUAUGCUGACGCCUGUCUUUAUCUUCGAACGGCUCUGUUCUAUCAUCUACCCGGAGGAGAACGAUGUAGGGGAAUUCUAUAUGACGUUAGAAAAGGAUCCUCAACAAGAGGACUUCUUACAAGGUCGUAUGCUCGGCAAUCCGUAUUCCAGCUUUGAGGCCGGGCUCGGACCGUUGAUGCGCGACGUCAAGAAUAAGAUAUGCCAAGACUGUGAGUUGGUUGCCUUGUUAGAAGAUGAUAACGGUAUGGAGUUAUUGGUCAACAACAAGAUUAUGUCUCUGGAUCUACCUGUCCGGGACGUAUACAAGAAAGUUUGGCUCGCAGAGGGCGGUGAUCAUGAUGCUAUGCGAAUUGUUUACCGAAUGCGUGGCUUGCUUGGCGAUGCUACUGAAGAAUUCGUCGAGACACUUAGCAGUAAUAAGCAGAGCGCGGUCGACGAUGAAGAGGUGUAUAGAAUGGCGAAUGUGUUGGCAGAUGAUUGCGACGGUCUCGACGCGAUGGUGCAACGUUUAGCAGCCAUUCAGAACGUAUGGCGGGCACGACCUCUGCUCCAGGUCUUGCUCAAACUCUUCAGACUUAGCGUCAAAGUAAACCGUUGCCGAGAAGUACUGAUUCGUCCCGAAUUAGGUGCAAUGGAGGUGUUCUUGCGUACUUUACAAAUGUGCCUUGAAGGUGGAGGUGCGGAGAAUCAGCAGCAAGCAGCUGUUAUUACCGAACAACUGCUCGACAUUAUGGAAACUGUACUGUCUAGAGCCACCGCCGAACCACUUGAUAAAUUUGAACGACUGUCCCAUUGUACGUUCGGCGGACCCGAGUACGUGCGCUCGUUACUGAAAUGCUGCACCUCGAACACUCAUUCGUCCAACUUUGUGCGUCAAAACCGACCAGUUUUAGUACAUUUGACACGAGUGCUUGCCGCUCUUUGUUACGGCAACCCGGCUAAAAUGGAAAUAUUACUCGACCACUUCCUACCCGUACUCUCCGAUUUUAAUGCACUCGACAUUGACCAUACUUCCGAUGAUCAGUAUCGGCUUGAGAUGUUUUGCGUUUUAACUAAUGGUAUAGAAAAGAAUGCGAUUGGCAACACGUUGAAGGACUAUAUUGUAUCGCUAAACAUAGUGAAGGAUGCCUUGGAAUAUAUCACGGUGCAUGCGCCGUGCGUUAAACCUACACUGCUUAGGACCGACAGUGAUGAGCUUAAAGACUUUAUUUCAAAACCAUCACUUAAGUAUAUACUUCGGUUUCUUACCGGGCUGGCUCACAGUCACGAAAAAACGCAAUUAGCUAUAGCAUCGGCGGAUACCAUCCCAAUAAUCCACAGACUAGAACAGGUUUCGUCGGACGAACAUGUCGGUUCAUUAGCUGAAAAUUUACUCGAAGCGCUAUGCACCAAUGCGACUGUCGCCAAACAGAUCGAAGAGGUGCGUGAAUUUACUCGCUCUGAAAAGAAGAGACUGGCGAUGGCAAUGCGUGAGAAGCAGUUGGGACAACUGGGUAUGCGAACUAAUGACAAAGGACAGGUAACGGCAAAGUCUACCAUCCUGCAACAGAUUGAAGAAUUGGGCGAAGAAUCUGGACUGGUGUGUUGCAUAUGUCGUGAGGGUUAUAAAUACCAACCCACCAAGGUGUUGGGUGUGUACACGUUUACAAAACGUUGCAAUGUGGAAGAUUACGAGUCUCCUUGUAGUGGAAGUAGUGGCAGUGGCAGCAGUAGCACUAAAAGCUCCAUCGGUUCACAAGCUCAGGGAGGUGGCCGCAAAACAGUCGGUUACACCACAGUCAGUCAUUUUAACGUCGUGCAUAUUGAUUGCCACAUGAGUGCAGUACGUCUAGCGAGGGCGCGUGACGAAUGGGAGUCGGCCGCACUGCAAAAUGCUAAUACUAAAUGCAACGGUUUGUUGCCGUUAUGGGGACCGCAAGUCGCCGAGUCCGCAUUCGCCAGCUGCCUCGCCCGCCACAACACCUAUCUUCAAGAAUGCACCAAUCACAGAGACAUCGGCCAUCAGAGUGCCGUCCACGACCUAAAACUUCUGUUAAUGCGAUUCGCCUUUGAACGAACCUUCCAUGAAGACACGGGCGGAGGAGGUCCGCAAUCCAACAUGCACGUCGUACCAUACCUGGUGCAUGUGGCGCUCUACGUUAUUAACACGACCCGUGUCAACAAACGUGAAGAAAGCAGUCUGAUGAAUUACCUGGAGACGAGCAACACGGAAAAGUGGGUAGAAUCAGCUUAUGAAGCAGAAGGGCCACUGUACUGGGCAACGAUGUCGUUGUUGUUGCAUUCUCUACGUCAGUGGAACCGACAUCGGCUAACCCAUUUACGACGGUUUGUGGUGUUGGCCCAGGCAAGACACCUGCAAAGGGAGACUAAUGCAGCUGUGUCUCCCAUUCUUGCCGACAAACAGGUUAAACCCUACGCCGCCUAUAAGCCUUAUUUGGUAUUCUUCGCUCUAAUAGAUGGUAUUUACAAUUACUUUUUCAAAAAUGUUAACGGCAGCGACGAACAGUGGCCGAACAAUUUAGCUGACUAUAUUCGUCAUAACGACGAAGCGUUAAUGAAGGCUUCUGAGAAGUUGCUUUCCGCAUACACUGACGAAUUUUUACCUUGCACUUCCUUCUCCGAGUUCUGUGAUGUAGCUGGUCUGUUAGAUGUUGUUUCCAAUCCUGAUAGCUUCAUAAGUGAUAUUCUAAAUGGAAUGCCCUGAAAGGACAAACCGUCGUUUAUAAAACCGGGAUGAUUACUGAAAGAAGCUAUUAGUCGUUUUAUAAUUUGCUGUUUGGCUCCAUAACUCUCUUAGAUGAAGCCCUCUUUAACGUAGAUUUAAUUAGCUUCAAUUGGAACUUCAAAUUAUUAAAUUAUUGUAAUUUUAAUGUAAAAUUUAAUAAAUACAUAUUCGAACAUUAA